UUCUGAAAGACAGCCCAGCGUCUUAGCCCACGAACUGCUUGAUGCAGAGCUUCGUGAUGCAAAUUCAUUCGACACCAUUGUUUUGAACCUUUCUCUUCAAUAUCUUCGGGAAGAAGAAGGAGAAGGCGAAGGAGAAGAAGAAAGAAAGAAGGAAGCAGGAAGAGGAAGAAGAGGGGGAGGCUGAGGAGGAAAAGACUCUGUUUCUGGAGAAUCAUGGAUGCGCAACAAGCUUCCUCUAGAACGAGCUCUCUCACAGUUGGGGAGCAAAUCUGUGCGGUGUUCAUACCAUUUUUCGCGAUCAUUGAUUUCCUGAUCUCCACCGUCGGACAAUGCUUUGAUUGCCGCCACCGGCGAUCGCCGAAGACAUGUCGGUACGCGGAUCUGGCCCGGCUUGCUAAUGAAUCUCGAUUUAACGUCAACGAAGUUGAAGCUUUGUAUGAGCUGUUCAAGAAGCUGAGCAGCUCGAUUAUCGACGAUGGAUUGAUUCACAAGGAAGAACUUCAACUGGCUCUGUUCCAAGCUCCAUGUGGCGAGAAUCUCUUUCUUGACAGGGUUUUUGACUUGUUCGACGAAAAGAAGAACGGGGUUAUUGAGUUUGAGGAGUUUAUCCACGCCCUCAGUGUUUUCCACCCUUAUGCACCGAUCGAGGAAAAGAUUGACUCAGUUGCAUUUAGGCUCUAUGAUCUGAGACAAACUGGGUUUAUCGAGCGAGAAGAGGUACAACAAAUGGUGAUUGCCAUUCUAAAUGAAUCUGACAUGAAGCUUUCAGAUGAACUUCUGGCCUCGAUUAUCGACAAAACGUUUGCAGAUGCCGACGCUGACAAAGAUGGUAAAAUCAACAAGGAGGAUUGGAAGGCGUUUGUGAUGAAGCACCCGACUCUGUUAAAGAACAUGACACUUCCUUACCUAAAGGAUGUAACUACAGCAUUUCCAAGUUUUAUAUUCAACACCGAGGUCGAAGACUGAGCCAGAAUCCGAGGUUCUCCGUGCUACAGAUCCGGUUAGAGUUUGUCCCCCAUUCUUACGAAAGUGCAAAACCAGGUUCUCUCAGUGUUUUUGGUUAAGGAACGGGGUUUGAAACCCGAGUAGAAGGUAUACUCGGCUUGGCUUAGCCUUUUCACGAAUGAAAGCUGGCCGAAAUCAGCAGAGAUUCUUGCCGAUACUCCUGGCCCCUCGACGAGUUCUGCAAUGUUAUGUCAGCAAAAACCGGAUUUUCAUGUGCCGAAAGCAAGUUUUCCCCUCAUUUAUAUCAGUUUGUAAUCCAAGAUCUUCUUAUUGAAAGUAUCAGUUUGUAACCAAUUGUUGAUUUCUUGCUCGAAUGGAACUUGUAAAGAUUGGUAGUAUGUAACAUUGUUGUAGACU